CCACUGACGUGGCAUGGCAUGUGAACAGAGGCUGCUCACGUAACCCUGCUAACGUUUUGGCAUGUCACCAGCCUGGGGUCCGUGCUGGGGGACAGCCAGAGGCACCGGCUCGUGCCACUGCUGCUCCAGCCAGAGCCAACGUGCAGAGCGUGUCGUGUACAGAGCUCUUCUGAAGCCUGGAGUCACGUGUGAGGGCAUGGGGAAAAAUCUGGUGUCAAAGCACACUCUGGCUCUCCCUCUCUUCUGCUUUUGAGAAGUGGUGGUUACAGGGUGUAUUUUUUUUUUUCCACUGAGUUUUCUAGCGCUGGCCUCUUCUGGGGAAUGAGGAAUAUUCCUGAUUUAAUGAUGUAUUUGGUAAAGACUGAUGUUGGUGUCAGUAAAAAGUUUAAUUUGCUUGUUCCAUGGGCAGCAGUCUGGAGUAGCUCAGGCUGCAGGGCCAGAGCUAUCUGUGUGUGUACCCUGAAGCCUGCUGAAGGCACAGAGGGGAGCAGCAGUGUGCUGCCAGCAGAUGUUUCAUUUAAGAGAUGAUGCGAAAUGCCCCUGGCUGGGCCCUGCCUCCUGCUGUCCCCCAGCAUCCCAAGGUACCCAUUGCUUGUGGGGAGGCCCUGUGGCUGGUCCAGCUGUGCAGGACAGUGCAUGCAAGGCUGGAGGAGCCGUUUGCUCUGGCAGGAAUGUGCAUGCCCACAGGGGCAGGGGUGCCCAGCAAGCCUCGGGCACCUCUGCACCCCUCAGGUGUCCCAGCAGCACCCCAGACCUGGGGACCCACUUGCACACAGCUCCUCAGGGGUGACAGCUCACUGCUCUCACAUCUGUCCUCGUGUCCUGCUGGCCAUCUGGCAUGUCCCACAGUCCCAGGAAGCCUUACCACAGUGGGCAGUGAGCUGGAAUGCCGUGGCACCUCAGAGGGAGCCACUCGGUGGCUGUUGUCCCCCAGUAACCCCACAUGCCUUUCUCUUCCUGUUUUUCAGCGUUGGGCAAGUUGUCAACAUCAAAGCCAAAGUGAACCGAGCCUUUAACUCCAGCAUGGAGGUGGGCAUCCAGGUGAGCUACGAAGACCUGUGCAGCGGGAAGCACUGCAGCAUCUGCAAGGCGUAUGCCACCUUCGUGGCACAGGGCCCCUUGGGCAGCAAGGUGAGGCUGAAGCCGCUGACCCCACAGACAGAGGAGGAGAAGAUCGAGUACAGCAUCGCCGCCGAGCGCCGCCGCAUGCGCCUGGUGCACAAGGACACCCUCAAGGACCUCCUCAUCCGCAGUCCCCAGGAAACCGAGCUGGAGACGCGGGACUGCAGCGGGGCGGUGCCGGCAGAACGAACGCGGGUGGAGAGCGUGGAGCUGGUGCUGCCUCCACACGCCAACCACCAGGGCAACACCUUCGGUGGGCAGAUCAUGGCCUGGAUGGAGAACGUGGCCACCAUCGCAGCCAGCCGGCUGUGCCACGCCCACCCCACGCUGAGGGCCAUCGAGAUGUUCCACUUUCGGGGACCAUCGCAAGUGGGAGACCGCCUGGUGCUCAAAGCCAUCGUCAACAACGCCUUCAAAAACAGCAUGGAGGUGGGGGUCAGCGCCGAGGCCUACGGCCAGGAGAUGUCUGUCAGCCGCAGGCACAUCAACAGCGCCUUCAUGACCUUCGUGGUGCUGGACCAGGAGGGUCAUCCCCGCACCCUGCCCAUGGUGGCACCCGAGCCGGGGGAUGGAGAAAGGAGGUACAGAGAAGCCAGUGCUAGGAAAAAAAUUCGGCUGGACCGAAAAUACGUCGUCUCCUGCAAACAGACCGAGGUGCCACUCUCUGUGCCCUGGGACCAAAGCAACAAGGUUUACCUGAGCUACAACAACGUCUCUGCGCUGAAGAUGCUCGUGGCCAAAGCCAACUGGGUGCUCGCCAGGGAAAAGGAAAAGGUGCGGAUGUACACGCUGGAGGAGGACAAAUUCCUGUCUUUUCGCAUCGAGAUGUCCGUCUGCAUCCCGGCCAGCCGAGCCUUCUCCCUUCUCUCCAACCUGCGGCGCCGGCACGAGUGGGACAGCCACUACGUGAGUGCUGAGCUUGUCCAGAAGGUUGAUGACGAUGACAUGAUCUACCACGUGGUGAGCCAGAAGCUCAGAAAUGAGAACAAACCGCAGGACUUUGUUAUCCUGGCGUCCCGGAGGAAGCCCUGCGGCAGGGGGGACCCCUACGUGGUGGCCUUUCGGUCGGUGACGCUGCCCACCCACCCCGCCAGAGCCGAGUUCACGCGCGGGGAGACGCUCUGCUCUGGGUUCUGCAUUUGGCCAGAGUCAGAGGAGAUGAGCAAGGUGGCUUAUUACAACCAGGCUAUGCCGGGGUACCUCAACUACGUCACCACCAAUGUGGCAGGACUGUCCUCUGACAUCUGCUCCACUUUCGAAGCCUGUGAGAAGUUCCUGCUGAAGAAUAAGGAGGACCUGAUCUCGCGGCUGCAGGACUUCUAGAGCCACAGCCCCCUGCUGACAGAUGGACAGACAGAUGAGGGGGACACUUCUGUGGUGGAAGGGAACAUGGGAUGGUGGCACCCAGACCCUGCCUCCCUGGGGCCUUUGGGCUCAGGGGCUGGGGUGGAGGGGUGUUACUGUACCACCUCAUCACUGAUGUGUCAUACCUUUUCUUCUUUCCUUUUUUAUUUUAUGUAGAAAUUUUGUAAGCUCUAUGUACAGGACUUGGUUUUCUAGUUCAUUUAACGCUACUUGAAUCUUUAUAUGAUCCAAAAUCUUCCCAAACCAGAUUAUUUUUUUUUUCACUAGUUCUUGGUGGGGCAUAACUGGUUCCUUCUGAGGCAGCAAAGGGAGAGAGGGGACAGUGAUGUGGGGUGGGUGCUGUACCCCUCCCUGGCAUAGGGGUGAAAAAUCCCACUCUCCCCACUGCUGCUUCUUUUCCUGGGCAGGGCUGGAAAAUAGCCCCUGCUCCUCCUGGGCUGAAAUCCCACCCCCUGGGGCUGUGGAAGGAGCAGAAAUAAAAGUUUUUCGAAAGGAAAAGCACCCCUAUGUGCUCUGGGUGAGUAUCUGCCCCAGGGGCUUGCUGUGUGGUGAGCUUGGAGCAGCACACUUGGGGCUCAGGUGGAGGUGGGGUUCUGUGAGGCAGGACUGUGCUGCAGAAAAGGGGUGGUGCUCCAUGCAGGUGGCUUUUGGGGACUGCCUGGAGCUGUUGCUCUCAUGUUUGGGACAGCCCUCCUUGUCCCCCUCUGCUGGGUGCACCAACACCUUGAGAUGCAGACCCCAAACUGCCUCAGAGAUGCUGAAAAAGGAAAAGACAGAGCCAAACCUUGUUCCCCAAAGUCUGGGAUGCUCUGGGAAAGGCACCAGAAUGAAGCAGGGGUGACAGUGGAAGUGCUACUCAUCAGUCACAGCAUAGGGGACAUCUGCCCUCUGGCACAGGCCUGUGGAGAGCCCCUGCCAGGCCUUCCUGGGUCACACAGCCAGAGGUUUUCUGAUGGCACUGAGGUUUCUGGAAGACUUGCUGCCUGCUGGAAAAUGAGUGAGCCCUGGAAGCCCUUAGGCACACAGAGCUUUGGGCACAGCAGGUUUUACAGGUGCCAGCUGUGCACAGCCCUGUGCUUAAGCCCAAGGAUGGGUUUUGUAGAGCUUAACCAAGAGCAAGUGAUGGUGAUGCUGUACUUGGGGUGAAGUGAGGCCAUGGAGGUACCAGAAAUGAGCAUGGGGUCUUUUCCAUGACCCUGGGUGUCUCUCUGCAACACCCAGUCAGUCCCUUUGCCACCCAAAUUGCCCACCCAGUUUAUAAGCAGAAGGAGCUCCUGUCCCUUCUCCUGUGGCCACCAGCCAGUGGCUCCCACCCCUGGGCUGGCUGUGGCCAUAAACCCCUAAUCUCUGCUGUAUCUCCCAUCAUAAACAUCUCAGCUCAAGGUCUGUCACAGCUGUGCCCCGACCUCCAAAAGAUAAAGCCAUUUUAGGCUGAACAUAGUACUAUACAUUCAAUUUUUGUAGAGCCCUCUUAUCUCCCAAAACUCAGAGCAAUCCUGCCUUUUAUCACCGGGAAGAGAGCCAUCCUUUCUACUUACCCUUAGGAAUUGCUGCUGCUUGAUUAAGUGGAGGGGAUGAUGUAUUUGCCUGAACAUUAAACUUUAACUGACCUCUUC